AAUUCAUUUAGGAAGAUAGAAAGGGAGCUCCGGCCUUAAUGGCCAUCUUCUGAAGGACUCUCUUUUUUAGACAUGGAAGUCCAAGUGGGCAUCUUUGAGUUCUCUACUUCAUCUAUUUCCAUUGAAGAUAUCCCUGAUGUUGCUUCAUCUAUGCUUGUAUUUCCUACUCUACAAGCUAACAUGGCAUAUAGCUUUGCUUCCUCUCUCGAUUUCUCUCAUAUCUUAACAAUCGAGCAGCCUUUUCUGAGUCCGAAUGAAGUUGUUGCUUCUUCAAGUUAUGGAGAAAAUACUGAUCAGGUUCUUGUGGAUGCCCCUUUUCAAACUUCCUUGAUUCUGCCCACUGAAGCCAUUGGAAUUGGAAUAGAUGAAGAGUUGAGUAUUCUCCAUCUAUUGAAAGCUUAUGGAGAAGCCACAGAGAACAACCAAAAGGAGCUAGCAGAAGAGAUUCUUUGGCGACUGAAAGAUAAGGGAUGUCCAACUGGCAAAACCCUCCAACGUCUGGCUCAUUAUUUGACCCUUGAUCUGAACAAACAAGCGGAAGCAGAGUACCUCGGACAAGAGUCAAGAAAGAACUGUAAGGCAGUUUUCAAGGCCUUUUAUCAGAUGUUUCCAUAUGGAACGUUUGCUCAUUCUACACCAAUCCAGCCAUACUAGAAGCCAUCCCUCAGAACUGUGAACUACACAUUGUGGAUUUCGACAUUGGCAAUGGCAUCCAAUGGCCUCCCUUGAUUGAGGCACUCGUGAGGCAAGGCCAUAGAAGUUAAGGUUGACAUCAAUACAAUGGGAGGAAGAAGACUAGUUUGAGGAGACAAAAAGGUUUCUUUCUAAAGCGCUUGGAGUUUUGGUUUGAGAUUGAGGGUGGAGGAGAUGGACAUGGAGGGUUUGGCAAAUGAUAUGAAAAGGGGAAGGAAAAGAGGAGGAAGUGAAUGGUUGGCCUUCAAUUGCAUGGUAGGGCUUCCUUACAUGGAAAGACGGAAUUUUAGGCAUGUACAGGAAUUUCUUAAGUUAGCUAAAGAGUAUUGCAGUAGUAAUAAAGGUGUGCUAACCUU